AUGGCACUCAAGGAGCUGUCGGCAUCCUUGCGAUCAUUACGCGAGAGAAAGGCAGUUGAGGCGGGCGUGCCUGCACCACGCCCACGCUCUGUCGGUGCCGAGUGCCGGGAGGAGACACGAUCCCUGGAAGCCAGCCUGUUCCGCUUCGAGGAGCGCUUCCUUCGCAUGGACGGAGAGAUGGCAGCGCUGCGGCAAGCCUUGGACUCGGAGGUGGCUGCUCUCCGCCGCGGCUUGGCGACUAUGGCGGAGGCUGUGCAUGCCGCCAGCUUGCAAACUCAGAUUCCACUGGUUGCGUGCCAGCUCGAUUUUGGUUCAAAAGAGAACGGUGGGACUCGCCUUUCCUGCAACCGGGACAAUGGCUUCUUCGGCCUUGCGCAGCCUUCGCCCGCAGGCAGCGGAUCUGAAGCAGUGCGGACCAUGUUCACCGGUGGCAUGCCGCCCGGUGGGCGCAUGCCUGGUUUCUGGGUCAGCGCUCCGAGCAUCAUCCCCGCCUUCAGAAAGGGCGCAGACAAAGUGCCCGUGGAGACGUUCUCGAUCGAUUGCCAACCCUACAAGCCUGGGACCUGGGGUGAGAUGGAGCUUUUCGACCGCAUGCAGACGACCUACGACCAAUACGGCGUCGUCCGGCUCACCAACACAGGUCUCAAAGACCCGGAGGCAAUGCGCAGAUAUGCACGUGCUGUGGUGAACAAGCAAAUGGCUUAUGAAGGUGGCGCCAACCCACGCGAGGGCAUCAUCCAAAACGUUUUUGAGGUAGGCGCACCCAACGAUGCAUGGCUUCAUUACCAUCAUGAGAUGGCCUACAACCAGCACAGCAUGAAAAACCUGGCAUUCUGCAGCAUAAAGGCUACGCAGGGCAAGGGUGACACGUACCUCUCUGAGAACCUUAGCGUGACUGAUUCGCUUCUGCAGACAGACUUGGGACGAAAGCUGCGAGACAAAGGAGUCUGCUACAUCCGCUGCCUCACUGACCGUGAUGCCUAUGAGGGCCAGGGCUGGAUGGAGGGUGCAGCUGUGUACAACCACUGGCAGCUGUCCUUCGGGUCGAAGACACCCGAAGAAGCGGAGAAGAAAGCUCGGGAAUGUGGUCUCGAUGUGGAAUGGUGCCAGGAUCCCCUGAAGCCGGAGUCCAAGCGGUACAUGAAGACAAAGCUCGUGAUUUCCGCUUUCGAGUACUGCCCAUCAGUCGACCGUAAUGUCCUGUACAGCAGUAUCGCAGAUCACAGCGCUUGGUUCGACACGUGGAAAGGUGUUCACGAUGUUCACCCUGACAAGCGCCCACUGCAAAUGACGUUCGGUGAUGGAACACCCUUCACAGUGGAGGAGUUGAGGCAGUGGGUCGGCUUGUAUGAUGAUGGCGGAAUUCGUGUGCAAUGGCAACCUGGUGACAUCGUCGCCUUCUGCAACUACCGAUACGCUCACGGCAGGCCGGCUUUCCAUCUGCACCGGUGGGAGGAGAGGCAGAUUGGAGUUGUCCUCGGGGAGAAGUUCGACUCCUGGGAACUUAACCUCUUCUGCGUUAGAGAAGCGGAAGAAGGCUUCCUGCCAUCUGCGAAGUUGGAGAAGCCGUCUAAGAUAGAUCCGGAUCAUGCGACGAUCCUCUUGCCCACUCGGAUUGUGAACAAAAUGGUGGUGACAUGUGCUCGCCUGACAGCCUUCCUGUAUCAGAAGCUGAUCGCUGCAGCGGAACCAUCUGCAGUAUUCCGUGCGUUGCAGUUGAAGCUGCACUUCAAGCGGAGUUUGCGAUUACUCGGUGCACGCACCUGUAGAAGCAUGGCCCCGCGCGUCGAGCUUUACACUGCUUACGAGCUGUCACCUGUUCAAGAAAAGAUCAAGCAGGCAAACCAGAGCGGCAAGUACGGGCCUGUGCCGAAGCGUUGCGUUGUCACCGGUGGCCUUGGCUUCGUGGGCCAGCGCCUGGUCGAGACGCUUGUGGAGCGCGGCGCAGAGCAGGUUGUUUCUUUCGACAUAGUGCCGCCUGCAGCCAAUGUGUGUCAGAACAAGGCCAUUAAGUAUGUCACGGCAGACCUUUGUGACUUCGACGCAGUUAUGAAAGCCGUUGAAGGUGCAGACUGUGUUUGGCACAAUGCAGCUGCGGUUGGCCCGUUCCUGCCGAAGCACUUUUACAAGAACGUGAAUGUGAUCGGGACAAGGAAUGUGCUGGAGGCGUGCAAACAGCAAGGAGUGAAGAAAAUGGUGUUCUCAUCAACACCGUCUUCACGCUUCACCUGCACGGAUGACGUUGAUGGCCAAACAGAGGCAGAGAUGCCCGACAUUCCUCAGGAUCGCUAUGUGGCCGAGUAUUCGGCAACCAAGGCAGAAGGAGAACUGCUGCUUCGCAAGGCUUGCAAGGAGGGGGAGAUCCUCUUCAUUGCAGUCGCCCCUCACACCGUCUAUGGGCCACGGGACAACCUGUUCCUGCCGAACCUCUUGGAAGCCGCGGGCAUUGGCAAGCUGCGUGUCUUCGGAAGUGGCAAGAGUCGGGUUGGGUACACGCACGUGGAUAACUACUGCCACGGCCUGGUUAUCGCUGAGAAGCAACUCUACAAAGAAUCACCGCAUCUCGGGAAGUUCUACGUAUGCACAGAUGGCGCGACUCAUCCACAUCCGGAGGGAUACAGCAUCUUCUGGGAAGAACUGGAUCAGGCAGUCACCGGCAUGGGCUUCGACUCCUUGUACAGCAAGAUGGCUCUUCCUUAUUUCCUGCUGAGGAUUGUCGCUUUCAUCUGCGACACGAUCACUGCAUUUACCGGGAAGAAGUUGAAGCUCGGCUGGUUCACCCUGCGGAUGCUGACCAUGCACAGGUGGUUUCGCAUCACUGCUGCGCAGACUGACCUUGGUUAUCAGCCCGUGGUGUCAUACAAAGAAGGGUGGCCAGACACCAUCGAAUGGUUCAGGAAUAAGUGGCUGCCGACUUUCGAUCCGAAGACGGCGUCUGGCACCACCGGGUCCAUAGCGCAGCAGACGGUCGACAAGGUGAAGCUACAGGAGCAGAAAAUGCAAAAGUGA